CGGCUUCACGGCGACGAAGUUUGGACAAAUAUCAGCUUGCCGGACGGUUCAGAGGGCAAGCGCAUGUCCAAUUAGCCACAAGCAUCCUCAAUAUGGCGCCCAAGGGCCUAGGGACAAGCAAACGAAAUCCAACCGUCUUAGUAACCGAUUCCAGAGACCGUCAAACACGGUACUACCCUCUCUCACGACCGUCGAAUAGCAGUAGCACGAACGAUCUUCCUAUUGCUGGCCCGCCCGGCGCCCGCCUUAUAACUGUCGAUAAUGUCCUUCAGUAUGCCUCCGAUGUGCCGUCUAUGCAGCAACGUGGACAGCUCGGUCAUCGAGGCCCUAGUAUUGGAACAAGCUCGGCUGUGCGAUCACGGUCCGGCUCAGGUUCAGAGAGCAGGCUAAGAUCUGGCUUGAAUGCCGCGAGCAAUGCGCUGAGUGCGGGUAUGGAUGGCAGACAUCGGAGUGGAGGUCGGCUGGCCUCUCUACCACAGAUACCGCCUCGUUCGUCAAAAGUUAGCGAGAAACUAGUUCUGCUUCCGGAGACGGUUGAGGAAGAGGAAGAGGAAGAUGAGGAAGAGCCAGAACCGGAUGAGGAAGAAGAAGAGGAUGAGGAAGAUGAAGUUGCAGAUGAUGAAGGCACGCCUUCGAAGAUAAAUGAGAGAUAUGAACGGUUACGACGCUUGACUGCUGCCCGCGCGAAGCAGCCGGACUUUAUACAGGAUAAUAUGGCUGCACCGCUCCUCGAUGAUGAAGAAGCUCUGCGAAAACGUCGUUUUGCAGCUAGCCCUGAGAAGGGGAAGAGUUAUGCGGAGCGGUUGCCCAAGGCUCGAAGAGGGAAGAAAUUACCUCGUGUGACUGCAUACUGCACUGCCCAGGCAUAUAAAAUGGGUGCUGCGGCAGGUUUUGUUAAAGAACUUCACGAUGCGCGUACGAAGUUGUAUGAUGACUGCUUAUAUGCUGCGUACCAUUUACCCUUAUUACCUGGUCGGGACGGAUAUAGAGUGAGAAGUAGUCCUAUUUUCCGAAGUGCAGAGGGGAAAGUUGUACUAGAUGAGGAGAUUGCAAGGAACGAGAGAAGGGACUACCACGAUGAAUACUUUACGGAGACAGAAGAACACUCUGUGAGAAAUUCAGAGGAUCCGGAGAGACGUGAACACCGCCAUGAACAAGCGCGGCACCGGGAUGAUGAUGAUCGCCAUGACCGUGAUGGCGCACACGAUCAUGAAGUCGAAGCUGAGCGAAGUAAUGGUCGACGCCAGGAAGAAAGGGAUGCCCCGGUCCGUGGCCAUUCGUUCCAUGUUGAGCAUCAUGAUGAUCAACCUUCCACGCAAAACGGCGACAUCCGACAACCUAUAUCUCCGGGCUCCGCUAGACAAUCAAAACCCUCUAUACCUCCCAACGCCCUCUCCUUUGCAGAAAUGUUCAUAUUCAGCUAUGGUGUUGUGGUCUUUUGGAAUUUUACGGAGCGUCAGGAGAAGGAAAUACUAGCAGAUCUCGCUUUUUGCCCUGCGCCAAACGACCUACCGCUGAACCCCUUGGCAGAGGAGGAUUUCGAAACAGAAGAGUUCCAUUUUGAAUACUCUUCUUCCAUAUCUAGACCGCGAGUGUAUAAUGAUAUGAUUACAUUACGAUCAGGAGAUCAUAUGAUAAAACUCGCCAUUAGUCACGGAAUAGCACAGAGCACGAAGCUCAGUUUCUUCGAGGAGGGCAUGGCACGACAGAUGGCAGAUGCAAAGGAUGUACCGAGACGGUUGGCUUUAACAGGCCACCUAGGCAUGGGUAGGGAAGAAGUGUUCCGUAUCAUGGGCAGAUUAUUCAAAUCGCGUGUUGAGGUCAAUCUCUCUUCGAACAUGCUUGACGUCCCCAAUUUCUUCUGGGAUAGUGAACCGAUGCUCCAUCCUCUGUAUAUCGCUGUACGCGAAUACCUAGAGAUAAAACCUCGCAUUCAAGUACUCAAUGAACGGUGUCGAGUUUUCCUCGACCUUAUUGAAAUUCUUUCCGAUUCUAUUGCUGAUAACAAAGUGUCUAGCCAGACAUGGAUUAUUAUCAUUCUGAUCUUCAUUUCUAUCAUCGUUACUCUAUCUGAAGUUGUGCUGAGAUUUGGCAUUCUAUCGACUAAGAAAGGAGCUCAGAAAAAUAUGUUGCUCGACCAAGGGAAAGCCAAUGGUAUGCCAAUUGGUAUCUAG